AUGAACUUCCCGGGAAUGACACCCCCAGGCGGCGCCGCCGCACCGCCUGCGAUCGGCGGACCUCAGGAUCCCAACGUCAAAGCUGUUCAAUCUGCGAUGGAGUCUUGUUUUGGAAAGUCAGUCAUGUCGGGAGUUAUGGGAUUCGGUAUGGGUGGUUUAUUUGGAAUGUUCAUGGCCUCUAUGUCCUACGAUACACCUUACCACACAGCCGCCCCCGGUAGCCCACAAAGCACAAUCACAUCGCUUCCUCUCAAGCAACAACUCAAGAUCGGAUUCAAGGAUAUGGGAACACGUUCAUGGUCUAUGGCCAAGAACUUCGGAAAAGUUGGUGCUUUGUACUCCGGCGUCGAGUGCGGCAUCGAAGGCCUGCGAGCGAAGAACGAUCUUACGAACAGUGUCGCCGCAGGAUGUUUGACGGGCGGUAUUCUGGCCAAGAAUGCUGGCCCUCAAGCUGCUGCAGGUGGUUGUUUGGCUUUCGCAGCAUUUAGUGCGGCUAUCGAUGCAUACAUGCGAUCACCACCCAAGGACGACUAA